UUGAUGUCCUGCCCAAAGUUUAGACCCGACUGAAGCAAAAGUUUUUUUCUAGAAAGUGAGCUGCGGAGAUUUGUUCUACGAACUAUGAAUCUUUCUUGUACGAAUAUUCACUAACAGCUUCAGCUUGGCCGAAACGCAGAGAGGGACUCUUCCAGCCUCGCGUUUGUUGUGUUUUUCGUCUUUUGUGGCUGCGUCUGCGCUUUUUUUCCCCUUUUUUUUUUGUUGGAAAAGUUGGGGCCGGGACGACAACAUAGAUUCCAGUGUGGAGUAGAUAUGCGCUUUGUUACAUUCACAAGUAUGCCAGCAAGAAACAACAGGAAAACGCUGUCUUUCACUGCAGAUUUCGACAGCUAACACACUUUGGGGAAAAAAAGAAAGUACUGGACUGUUAAACUUUAGAAUGACUCGGGAUAACUUUUACUGAGUGCCGUCGAUAUUUCCUGCUUUCCUGCUGUGUGGAAGAAGAAAAAAAGUUUGGGAUUGGCUCAAACUUCUUUUUGUGAGUUUCUGAACAAAACAUUUUCGGACACAUACAGUUCGCAGACUGUUCUGGGGCAAUGGAUCCGAGCCAGCAUAACCCUCCUGCCGGACACCAAAUCGUCCAUGUACGGGGCGACUCUGAGACCGACCUGGAGGCGCUUUUCAGCGCCGUGAUGAACCCGAAAAACACUAUCGUCCCCCCUUCCGUACCCAUGAGGAUGAGGAAGCUGCCAGACUCCUUCUUCAAACCUCCUGAACCAAAGUCCCAUUCCAGACAAGCCAGUACUGAUGCUGGGAGUGGCGGAGCGCUGACACCCCACCAUGUCCGUGCACACUCAUCCCCGGCCUCCCUGCUUUCGGGAGCUGUUUCUGGUGGCUCCCUGUCUGGCAUGCCCCCAGCAGGUGCCUCCCCACAACAUCUCCGUCAACCUUCUUAUGAGAUUCCUGAUGACGUGCCCCUGCCCCCUGGGUGGGAGAUGGCCAAGACUGCCUCUGGCCAGAGAUACUUCCUCAAUCACAUUGAUCAGACCACCACUUGGCAGGAUCCUCGCAAGGCCCUGCUCCAGAUGAACCAGGCUGCCCCGGCCAGUUCCGUGCCAGUCCAGCAACAGAACCUUAUGAACCCAGCCAGUGGUCCUCUCCCUGAUGGCUGGGAACAAGCUAUUACAUCAGAGGGUGAAAUUUACUACAUCAACCACAAAAACAAGACCACAUCCUGGCUUGACCCAAGACUUGACCCGCGCUUUGCCCUGAACCAGCAGAGGAUCACCCAGAGUGCUCCGGUAAAGCAGGGAGGGCAGCUUCCUCCCAGCCACAGUGGAGUCAUGGGAGGCAACAAUCAAUUGAGACUGCAGCAGAUCGAAAAGGAAAGGCUAAGACUGAAGCAACAGGAGCUCCUCCGGCAGAGACCACAGGAGCUCGCUCUAAGGAAUCAGCUGCCUACCAGUAUGGAUCAAGAUGGCGGCACAAACCCUGUGUCCUCCCCUAUGGCCCAAGAUGCCCGGACCAUGACUGCCAACAGCUCUGAUCCAUUCCUCAACAGCGGGACCUACCACUCCAGGGAUGAGAGCACAGACAGCGGCUUGAGUAUGAGCAGCUACAGCGUCCCUCGCACUCCAGACGACUUCCUCAACAGUGUGGAUGAGAUGGACACAGGGGACCCCCUUCCACCCUCCAUGGCAACACAGCCCAGUCGUUUUCCCGACUACCUGGACGCCAUUCCGGGGACAGACGUGGACCUGGGCACCCUAGAGGGUGAGAGCAUGGUGGUGGAGGGCGAAGAGCUGAUGCCCAGUCUGCAGGAGGCCCUGAGCUCCGACAUCCUCAACGACAUGGAGUCAGUGCUGGUAGCUACCAAGAUCGACAAGGAGAGCUUCCUCACAUGGUUAUAGAAGAUCCGAGCAGGGUGCUCCUUACUCCUCUCCGACACUCUGAACUGCUGCCUGCUCUAAUCUGCGAAGGAUUCAUAGAUGCUUUUUACAAGACAUUUCAGCGAGCGUCUCUGGACUUCUGUUUUUCGGCGUGUAAGGCCAACCUCUUUUGAGGCAGUAUUGUUCUGUUCUUUUCACUGGUGUGUUAUCUCUUUAUUUUGUCUGUGUCUUCAAGGCUGGCCCAUGAACAGACAAUUACGCAAGGGUCCCCAAAUCUUUCACAGUUCUGUCAGUGAAUCUAGGGCAACUUUACCUAGAGCAGGGGUCGCUCCUUCCCACUGGUCUCCCCUCAUAGCUGAGCUGGGCGGGUGCAUGUGCUCUGCCUUCAUCGCCUGGAGUCUCUGGUGCCUCUUUUUCUCGCAAUAUAGUGUGUGAAGCAGCACUACUUCACUGUAUUUGGGACUAUUGCAUCUAGCUUAAGUAGCUUUAUAUUUGGCCUUGUACGUUUUUAUUCUUUUGUUGUUUGUUUUCAACGAGCCUGAGAAACCAAAAAUGAUGUAUUUGAAGCAUUAAGAACAAUACUGAUUUGGAGUAAAGGUAAUGUGAGGCCCAGUUUGGACAUGUUGGCUUUGCUUGGGGG